AAUGAUGAUAAGUUUAGAAAUGAUGGUAUUUUAUAUCUUGACUACUAUUGUUUGGAGUUAAUAAUUUGUCACUUAUCAUAAAGGAGUUUGUAGAUGUGAAGAAUUAAAUGAAAAAGAAUGUGAUGGUUAAAUUGUUUGGAUGAAAGGUCGUUGUAAGAUGGAAAACGGUAAAUGUGUAAGUCGUAGUUGUGAAGAAAUACAUAAUAUUGAUGUUUGUUUAUUUAUAGGUUGCUAAUAGAAAAACAAUAAAUGCUAAAAGCCAAUAAGUUGCAAUUAAUAAACAGAAUAAGAAUGUGAAGAUAUUUUCAAUUAUGAAUGUGUAUAUGAUUCAAAUCUAAACAGAUGUUUAAGUUAUUAUGAUCCAAUACCUGAUGAAUCUAUUCCAACAUGUGCUGAAAGACCUGUUGAUUAAUGUUAUCUUGCUAGAGAAGGUCUAUGUAUAGUUAAAGAUGAUAAAUGUUAAGAAUUGACUACUUGUGAAGAUAUUAAAAAUGAUGACUUGUGUGUAAAGACUUAUCCUGCAUGUUUGAUGAAUUCUACAAACUCUUGUAUAACUAAUAAUAAAUGUGAUAAUCCAUUCAGUUCUUUGUGUGGUUCAAAGAAAUAAAAAAUAAAUGGAGAUUAAUAUAUACUCUGUAACAAAUUAGAUGAUAACACUUGUGUUAAUUUUGAUCCAUCUAUUGAAAGUUAAGAUACAUGUUAUAGCAAUUCGAUGUUCUUUUUUCAUUGGGAUGGCUAAAAUUGUGUUUAAUGUAAAGGUUAAGAAGCCAGUGCACAAGAAAUUACAAUUUUUAUUAUUUUUAUAUUGCUUAUCAAUUAUAUUUGA